AUGAGUCUUUAAAAUUACUUUUAUUAAUAAACAAAUAAAUUAUUGCUCUUACAUCCGUAAACAUCCUCAAGUUUUCUGGCCAAUUUGUCCUCAAACAAAGCUUCAGCCUUUAGCUGCUCACUUCCAAAACCCUAAAACAUAGCACUCCCUCAUUUGAAAUCAGCUUUCGGAAACCCUAAAGGAAAACAAAUGGGAAUGAAGCUAUUCGACGGUGACGAUGAUGAUGUAGAGAAUCUGGACAAAAUUGAGAUAAACGAGGAAUUCGCCCGCCGCUACAACACAACAAGAAAUGAGAGGACUUGCAAAAGCUCGAAGAACUGAAGAAGAAAGGCGUCAUUGAUGACGAAUCCUCUUCCGAAGACACAGAGGAGGAAGAAGAAGAAGAGGAUUUAAACCCUACAAGUAAUUUAAAGUUCUUUGAUGCUUUGCUUAAGAUUAAAAAAGGCGACCCUGUUGUUUUGAAUAACAAAAGAUGCUAAGUUAUUCGAUUCUGAAUCUGAAUCUGAAACAAAUUCUGAGUCUGAGGAGAAGAAACAUAAAAAUAAAAAUAAAAAGCCAAUGUAUUUAAAGGAUGUAGUGUCUAAGCAUUUGAUAGAGGAGGGUCCCGAGUUUGGCGACGAAGAAGAGGAGAAGAAAGCGAAGACGUAUUCAGAGGAGCAAGAGGAUUUGAGAGAGGAGUUUCUGAAUGCUGUUAAGGAGGAAGAGGACUUGUUUAAGGUGAAAGAGAAUGAGAAAAGAGAGGACAGGUUAGGUGAUGACGAGGAGGAGGGAUAUAAUGAGUUUGCUAAGAAGUUGGAUGAGUUUUUCGCCAAGGAUGAGAAGUUGGAUGAAGAGACAGUGUUUUUAAAGGAUUUUUUUAGGAAGAAGAUGUGGAAGGAUGAUAAGAAAGGGAAGAGGGGGGAUGAUGACGAGGAUGUAGAGUUUUCGGAGGAUGAGGAGGAGAUGGGUAGAAGAGGUGAGUAACAAUUUGCGUUUUCAGAAAAAAGAGAUGGGUAACACAGUACUUAUGGUUGUCCAUCUCCGUGAUCAAUGAGAAGUCGUGGCCACAAAUAUUGUCUAGUGGCAAGGGCUAGCGUGGAAUAGAGUUUUGCAGAUCUAGCUAGAUGAUUGUAUUUUAUACUGAUCUGUUAGAAAUUUUUUGAUGAACAAUUGAAAUGGUGUUGUAGUUCUUAUGGAGGAGUUGGUAAGAACUUACUUUAUUGAGAUUGAAGGACGAUAUGUUUCUUGUGUGCGGUUUUGUACACACCUGUCACUUCAUUUCAUUUUUUUUGUUAAUUUAAUAUAACGAUUUCUGAAAUCUUAUGAAGAUAUUGAUUUGAGGAAUGUAGAAUAGUUUCACUUA